UGUCCAAGGAGCCUGUCGGACGAAGAAGCCGAGACGCUGGAAGGUUGCUGGCGCAGCUGCGGAGGGUGGCGUCACUGAGCCGCGCCAGCGGAGCCGGUUGCAGCCCUGCUCCUCUCGCCUGCUUUCUCCGGGGUCGCUUCUUCACCAGGCGUCUCUCGAGCCUUUUCCAUGUCCCCGGUGGACGGAGCCCUCCGCACCCUCCACGCCCAUGGCCACUAGCCUGAGGAGGCCGUCUUUCACCGGCUGUUCUUCCUCCCCUCCGGACGCGGACGACGAGGGCGUGCGCGGCACUUGCGAAGAUGCUUCUCUGUGCAAGCGAUUUGCGGUGAGCAUUGGCUACUGGCAGGACCCUUACAUCCAGCAUUUGGUGAGACUGUCUAAAGAGAGGAAGGCCCCCGAAAUUAACAGAGGAUAUUUUGCUCGUGUCCACGGCGUCAGUCAGCUUAUCAAGGCAUUUCUACGGAAGACAGGAUGCAACUGUCAAAUUCUAAACCUUGGGGCUGGGAUGGAUACCACCUUCUGGAGGUUAAAGGAUGAAGAUCUUCUACCAAGUAAAUAUUUUGAAAUAGACUUUCCAAUGAUCGUCACGAGAAAACUGCAUAGCAUCAAAUUGAAACCUCUUCUUUCAAAACCCAUUUUAGACCUACAUUCAGAGGACACACUUCAAAUGGAUGGGCACACAUUGGAUUCAACGAGAUAUGCCAUCAUUGGAGCCGAUCUCCGAGAUAUUCCUGAACUGGAAGAGAAACUAAAGAAAUGUAACAUGAAUACACAAUUGCCCACCCUCCUUGUGGCUGAAUGUGUGCUGGUUUACAUGACUCCGGAGCAGUCUGCAAACCUUCUCAAGUGGGCCGCCAACAGUUUCGAGACUGCCAUGUUCAUAAACUACGAACAGGUGAACAUGGAUGACCGGUUUGGGCAGAUCAUGAUUGAGAACCUGCGGCGGCGACAGUGUGACCUGGCGGGAGUGGAGACCUGCAAGUCGUUAGAGUCACAGAAAGAACGGCUCCUGUCCAGUGGGUGGGAAUCGGCUUCAGCCGUGGACAUGAUGGAAUUGUACAGCAAGUUACCUCGCGCGGAAGUGAGCAGAAUAGAGUCCCUUGAAUUCCUGGAUGAAAUGGAGCUUCUUGAGCAACUCAUGCAGCAUUACUGCCUUUGCUGGGCAACCAAAGGAGGCAGUGAUCUGGGUUUGAAAGAAAUUACUUAUUGAUCUGUUCAAGAUGCGUGCGGAUCCAGAGCCAAAGCCACCACCCUCUCUGGAGCUGAGUCUCUGAGUUUCCCUGGCGGUGGUUAAGCCUCUGCUUCCAGUACCCCUGCCCUUGGCCGAGAGACCUCAGUUCCUGGGGUGUCUGUUCCAGUUCCUGUUCCUGUUCCUGUUGGCCUAUUGUUGAAAUAAAUUUCAGUUGCCAGUC